UGCUGUCAUUUCAUGACUACAUAAUCCAAGUGAAUAGUCUGAACCACUCUGGGCAACACACAGAAGCCAUGACAGAUUUACAGGUCAACGGUUGUGAUUGGUCUCUCUCUACUAAUAAGACAAACCAUCGUACCGAUGCCUUUGACAACGAAGCACUCAUCCUCAGGAGAGGUCAACCCUUCACCAUCACAUUGCAUUUCAACCGACCUCUACAGUCUGGAGAGAAAGUUAUAUUCAUAACUGAGACUGGUCCAUCUCCAUCAGAAGAACGCAAAACAAGAACUACAUUUUCACCCUUUGAAAAUUCAAAUCAGAAGUCAUGGAGCUCAGUCUUAGCAUCCAGUAACUCUAAUGCCUUGACGGUGGCUAUCAAUAGUCCUUCUGAUGCAGUAAUUGGAUAUUAUAUCCUUAGUGUCUCUAAGAAUACCGGAAGCAUGCAGGCAGCGUCUCCACAACCUAUUGGUGGAUUCUACAUCCUCUUCAACCCCUGGUUACAAGAAGAUGACGUGUUUCUAGUGGAUGAGAAUGAGAGACAAGAAUAUGUUCUAAAUGAAAGAGGGGUGCUAUUUAUGGGAAGUGAUACUGAAAUGUCGUUUAUGACUUGGAACUACAAUCAGUUUGAGAAAAGCAUACUGGAAAUCUGCUUUGCUAUUUUGGAUAAAAGUAUCAAUUGCCAAAAAGAUCCAGUUGCAGAUGUCGCCCAGAGGAAUGACCCCCUAUAUGUGUGUAGAGUGCUUAAUGCCACAGUAAACAGUAAAGAUGAAGAUGGCGUGCUUGUGGAAAACUGGAGUGGAUUCUAUGAGGAUGGCGUUAGCCCUAUCAGCUGGAAUGGAAGUUCUGUUAUUUUAAAGAACUGGUACUUCAAGGGAUACAAGCCUGAGAAAUAUGGCCAGUGCUGGGUGUAUGGUGGAGUCCUCUGCACAGUGCUGCGAUGUUUGGGAAUACCAACUCGAGUGAUCACCAACUUCAACUCUGCCCAAGACAAGAAUGCAAAUCUAUAUAUUGACGUUCUUUAUGAUCACCGUGGAUCUAGCAAUGAAUCUGUGCAGGAUUUGAUAUGGAAUUUUCAUGUCUGGAAUGAGGCUUGGUUCACUCGUAAAGAUUUAGCUCCAGCUUACAAUGGAUGGCAAGUGAUGGAUUCAACACCACUGGAGAAAAGUGACGGAAUAUAUCGUUGUGGUCCUGCACCUCUUGUGGCUAUAAAAGAAGGUGACGUUGACCUUAAUUAUGAUGUAGCCUUCAUGUUUGCAUCUGUGAAUGCUGAUCUUUCACACUGGAUCUACUACAAUGAUGGCACAAAGAAAAGAAUUUCUAAUGACACCAAAUACAUUGGCAAAUUUAUAAGCACAAAAGCUGUGGGAAGUGAUGACCGAGUGGAUGUCACAAAUAAAUACAAAUACCCAGAAGGUUCAUCGGAGGAAAGACAGGUGUUCGAGAAAGCAGUCAACAAAUUAUUAGAUAGUCCUUUAGUGGAACUUGAGAAAAAACUAUUAUAUUUCAGAAAAAGAGGUGAGGAGAAACCAAGAAGAGGCACAGUCUUGUCUGGAAUGUUCAGUCUUCCCCAAGUUCCCAGUCUUGGUCAAAAUAUAGAUAUAUUACUGAGCUUGCAGAACCUGGCAGCAGACAACAUUAAAGUGAUUGUGAACAUCACCUCCUCCAGCAUACUUUACACUGGGAGACAUAAAUAUGAGAUCUGGGCAGAUACAAAGAUUGUACCACUGACGCCAAAUGAAGGGAAACACAUCUCAAUCCCUUUGACAUACGCUCAGUAUAAACAGUAUAUGAGUGAAGACAAUCUAAUCCGCAUGACGGCUUUGUGUGAGGUUGAAGGGACAGAGGAACGCAUUUUGGUGGAGAAGGACAUCAUCUUGGUAAAGCCUCCAAUGACUAUCAAGUGUCCAAAUCAGGCUAAAAUAAAAUCAGCCUUCGAAGCUGAAGUUAUUAUCACCAACACUUUAUCGGAAACAAUGGACUCCUGCGUCUUGCUGAUCGAAGGAAGUGGUCUUAUUGGUGAAUUUAUCCAAAAAGACCUGCCAUCUCUGAAGCCUGGAGAAAAAACAGAGGCUACCUUUUUAAUCACUGCCUUCAAGACCGGCAGUAAAACAUUGAUUGCCACCUUCUCCUGUGAUAAGAUAAAGAAUAUUAAAAGCUAUCACAACAUUACUGUGGUUUCUUAAUCCAAUAGUACUAGUCCAGAAUCUGCGUAGUCGUUACUGACCAUGUCCUGACAACCUGGCCGUGUUACGAAGAAAACCUAGUAAUAACGUCUACUUGUGAUUCCUGAUUCUUGUGCUCUCCAGUACUGUGUGCAAUAAACAUAUUGUCACUAUGAAUUCUUAUUGGACUGUACAGCUAUGGUUAAUUUGUUCUCACUGUGUUUUUUAUCAAAUGCUCUACCUCUUCAGUACUGUAUAAAUGUCAUCA